CCCCACCACCCCCUCCCCCGGGUCUAAAAAAAUCCAGAGCCUUCCCCCAUCCCACCCACCAUCCCAAUCCGACCAAACCCUAGGAAAUCUGCCGGCCAUGGCGAUGUCGGAUCUCGCGGCCGCGGUGAUCUCCAAGGCCAACGGCGGCGUGGACGGCGAGGAGCCGGUGGAGAUCCGGGAGGUGUGGGCGGACAACCUGGAGGCGGAGUUCGCGCUGAUCCGCGACGUCGUCGACGAGUUCCCCUUCGUCGCCAUGGACACCGAGUUCCCGGGCAUCGUCUGCCGCCCCGUCGGCGCCUUCCGCUCCCCGGCCGACUACAACUACGCCACCCUCAAGGCCAACGUCGACAUGCUGCACCUCAUCCAGCUGGGCCUCACCUUCUCGGGCCCCACGGGCGAGCUCCCUGCCCUCGGCGCCGGACGCCGCCGAUGCGUCUGGCAGUUCAACUUCCGGGAGUUCGACGACGAGCGCGACAUCUUCGCCACGGACUCCAUCGAGCUGCUCCGCCACAGCGGCAUCGACUUCCGCCGCAACGCCGAGCGCGGCGUCGACGCCCGCCGAUUUGCCGAGCUGCUCAUGUCCUCGGGCGUUGUGCUCAACGACGCCGUCUACUGGGUGACCUUCCACGCGGGAUACGACUUCGGCUACCUGCUCAAAAUCCUCACCUGUAACAGCCUCCCGGACACACAGGCUGGGUUCUUCAAGCUGAUGAAGAUAUAUUUCCCCACUGUCUAUGACAUCAAGCAUCUCAUGAAGUUCUGCAACAGCCUGCACGGCGGGCUGAACAAGCUCGCCGAGUUGCUCGAUGUGGAGCGUGUUGGAGAGUCACAUCAGGCCGGGUCCGAUAGCCUGGUCACGUCUUGUGCGUUCUGGAAACUCAAGGAUUCCUUCUUUGCUGGAUCAACCGAGAAAUAUGCAGGCGUGCUGUAUGGGCUCAAUGCAGAGAAUGGUGUCAGUGCACAUUGAUGGAUGAUGCUCCCUUUGCAUAGCUCUGUGAAUGGGUUGAUUUAGGACAUAAAGAGGUGGCGAGUGAGUUAGCAGGCAAAAUGAUGACCAACUAUGUUCUAGCAGAUGAUCUCCUGGAAACUAGGCUUAGCUCGAAUCAGUUGCAUCCAAGCUUUAUAUAUUGUGAAGGUAUGCCCGACACGGUACUUAUCUAGCAUGUCAUUCUUGAAGCAGGUGCAUUUCUGACGUUAUUUUGCCAAUCUGUGCAUAUUUUUUUACUGAAGGUGGCUACACUGUGUCAGUGGAUCAACAUGAACCCCUCCAUGUCAUUGUUAUCACCGAGGUGCCAGCAGCAACGAUCUCCAACAACUAGGUGAUUGGUUUUUUAACUGUGAGCUUGUGAAAUAGCAACAUGUGUAGUGUGGUUUUCUAAGGACGACUGGAAGACAUUUCUAUUACUGAUCUCUACACAGAUAUCUCUUAUCAGCAAGUGGCACAUGUCUGCUUUAACUCUCUAGCCUCUUUCGCCAGUUAUGAUUGCAUCGACCAAAUAUUGUCCAAUUCCCAUUCCAUCCCAACCUUUGAUCCCCUGUUCAUCCCUUUGCUGAUUCCUCAUGAUGGCACGAGAGAGCGUGGCCUAUGGGUCAGUCGCACCAGAUGCUGAUGACGGUGCCAUAGCUAGUCGACCGGUUGCAUCUUGUGAUCCCGGUGGUCUAUUGGUAGUUCCUGGUGUCUGCUAUGCCUAUGCCUAUGCCUAUCAAAUUCAUAUCCCUACUGGGCAGAGACACAACAAAUAAUGCAUAAAAUGGAACUGCAUAAUUCCAAGGUAGACUAGUAAAACGAGAAAUAUGCUACUCAUCCUUUGCCUACUUCUUGCUUCUUAUAAAGACUUGGGUAGUAGGCAGUGACAUGAAGUCUUUUGUCAUCUGGUAGGUCAAUAUAUAAGAAUCCAUCAGUUAUGGGCUUGGUCCUCUGGUAGGUUAGCGGCUACAACAGCUUUAUCAUUCCCUCGAACAAGAUGAUUUUGCUCAUGUCGUUGUUUGCGUCUAAUCAAAGAAAACUGAAGGGGACAACAUCUUCUCAAUUGUACAUUUAGCCCUUUUCACAUGACUCGUUUACAUGCUCUGGGCUUUUGGCACAUUAUCUCUCCUGCAAAAGAAUUAAGCUUAGCUUAAUCUAUUUGCUUUCAAGCUUUAGAUAUCAAUUUUAGACCAAUUUAUUUUUCCUAAUAUGCUUCAACUUGUUGUAUUCAUUCUGAGCAUAGUUGGUUUAUUUUUUUAUAGGUUUGUCCUUUGUCAGUUUAUAAGCGAGCUAGUCUAAUAGAAGGCUGUAAAGAGAGUGUAUGUCCUGAGCUAUUGCUGCUGAUUCUAAUAAACUUAAUUUGUAUCUACUUCUCCAAACUAUAUUCAAGCCAUUGGAUUCACUUAUUUAUUUGCCAAUAACUGAAUAAGCAGUAGAGUUUUCUAACUGCAAUUUACAUUCUUUGCUGCAAAAUCUAAACAGGUUUAGGGCAAUGUUAUUGCUUCUGCAUUCUACUAGUCAUUUUGAUUGCAACCUAGAAUAUUAGACUGUUGAUUGCUUUGGUACUUAGUCUCGUAUUAUGACCGGGUUAUGCCCAGUUGCUUGAAUGUGUCUUUUGGAGAUAAAAUGCCAGAUCAUUCAGCACUGAUGGCUUGCAUAAUUAAGAAGGUUAUGGAGCUGUAAUUUACCUUGUUGUUUGCAUUGAUUCAAAGAAAAAUUCGAGGCAGUAUCUUCUCAAUUUAAGCCCCUUCUCACCUGAUUCAUUUACAUGUUCUAGCAGACAUGACAAUCUCAUGCGAGAGAACUAGGCUUAGCUCGGAUCAGUUUGCAUCCAAGCUUUAGAUUAUAUAUAUAAAGGUUAGACCAUCUUUCGGUUCCAUUCAACUUGAUAUGAGUAUAGUUGGUUUAAUUUUUGAAUCGUCUAUCCUUCGUUAGUUUAUUAAGAGAGCUAGACUGAUAGAAGUAUGUAAAGAGUUUACCAAGGUCCAGUGGGCCAUUCUCGAAGUGGGUGCAACCAAUGGUGCUCUACUCAUCCCGCCAAGCUGUGUGCAUGAUUUCACUUGGUAAUGCAGUUUCAAUGGAUCAAUAGGACCAUCAUUGUACUGACUCUGACCGUGGCAAUGCUGAUCACCAGCAGUAAGGCCUACUAUCUGCAACGACGAGCUAGGUUUUCUCUCGUCUAGUGUGGAUGCUAAGGACGACAUUUCUGAUAUUUAUGCAUGAUAUCCCAAGCCAUUUUGGUAGUGGAAUUCCAAGCCAUUGUGAUCGUCUGUCUUACAAGCCAGGCUAAAAGCAAACAAAUACUUGCUGUAUGUCUAUCUGGUCAGCCUUGGGUCAGGUCAGUUAGGGAUGCAGAUGAUCUCUACUAGAUGCAUCAUUGGCAUCAUCCUCCGGUUCACGUUCCAGAUGGGCAAGAAAGAGCAUUCCAGCCAAGAAAGAAAGUGUCAGAGCAGUAAAGAUCGAGGGAGAGUACAGAGUAGCUAGAUCCAAAACCCCCAGGAACAGUAACGUUCGUGUAUGUGCUAACUUAGCACACAGUCAGGCAGCUGGAUUGAUCCUUGCGCCUCUACACGUGAAGCUAUCUUCGCUUGGUCAUCAUACAGCUACCGUGCCUUGUUGAUCGUAGCACGUACGUAUACUGCUGGUGUAGAUCGAUCUACAGGGGCUUGUCGCUCCUGGCUUUUUUGCUUAACUCUAACAGGCACAACGGCUGGCUGAACCCAAGAGUGCACGUUGGGAUUCCACAGUUGCACCCAUAAUUCCUAGUGCCUUCCGUGCCCAUUCCUAAUCAUAUACCUAGUGUGUAGAAACAAAAGCACCAUAUAGUCAUUAGAGACUUACGGUUGCCCUGCUAGAUAUUUCGAAGAUGGAGAAGUAAACAAAUGGGAAAUAAGUUAUCCCCCUUUUGCUUAGGGGUGGCCGGCUUCUUAUAGAAAGACUUGGUGCUAGACAGUGACAUGUAGUCAUUAGUCCUUCGGUAGGUCCAUAGCUAAGAAUCCCUUGAUCAUGUGCUUGGUCCUUGGGUAGGUCAGUGAAUAUGAAACCUUUAUUAAUUAUGUAACCAAAAUACUGAAUUAUAGUGAAUACAGAUAUUGAAAUGAAUAACUACAGUACUUGGAGACAAGAAGUCUUAUGAGAGAAAAUAUAUCUCAUACAUCACCGAGGCUAUAAGAGCCACCUUAUGUUGCUCUUCCAAAAGUAUGAAACUUUGCAAAAUUCUCAUAUUCGCCUCUUUACUACAACGGAGAUUUGCCACAAUAACAUAGCCUUAACCUCUAUUAAGAAUUAACUACUUCUCAUAACAAAGGCAGAAAUUCACUCUGCUCAGAACUUUGUCCGAAGAGCAACACACUCUUAUCAGUCUAAUUUAUAGUUUUUUUUUUGCCUUCUGAGCUGAAUUGUUGUUUAAUACCACCUUCAAAGCUUUGACAAGGACCCUUCUGUCUAAAUGCUAACAUUAGCACUUAGAGCCCAGUUCAAUGUUGUAUCGUCAGUGCAAAAAGUGUUUUUUUCUCUCUUUUGUCAUAGGUAUGUUUAGUAGAACCUAUAUGUGACGUCACCUAAGCACCGAGAAUUGCACACUAAGAAUGAACCUCAUGAACGCUGCUCUUUUACCUAGGUCGUCAAUAUAAAGGAAAUGCCUUAAGUGCAUCCUUCUGUAGGAUGCAUGACACUACAUACGUAAUUGGGAAUGAGAAAAAUGUAUCAUCUUUUCUCUUUGAUAAUUAGGAUUAUCUACCCUUUUUAGAUCCAUAUCUUUGGUAAUCGGCAUUGUGGUUCCAAUCUCCGCAUCUCAGUAAUUAUUAUGCAAGGUGCUUUCUGAUGUUGUUUUUGAGCUAACAUGAUUUUGGAAUCCGUAAUAUUUGAUUGUUGAUUCUUUGGUGCUAAUGAGCUUUUCUCCUCAUUUGGUCACAGUCAAUUGUUUAAAUGUGUCUCCAGGAGGGAAAAUGUAGGACUGAUGGCUUUGCAUAAUCCAGAAGGUUAUUGAGGGGUUUAAUUUGUCAAUGUUGUUGUUUGCAUCCAGUCAAAGUAAAACAUCGAGACAAUAUGUUCUUAAUUCUACAUUUAGUAAUUAAAUCUCUGGUUAUCCCUUUUCACCUCAUUCACUUAUACGUGUACUUUUGCAGCUGAUCCUUAUUGGUGCAGGUUUUAGGAGAUGGUCUCCUGGACUUAUGGAAGAAAACUAGGCUUAGCUCAAAUCAGUUUGCAUGCAAGCUUUCAAUCUUGUGAAGGCUGGACCAUCUUUAGUAAUUAAGUUCAACUUGUAAUAUUCAUUGUGAGCAUAGUUAAUUUUCUUUCUGAAGGAUCUUUACUUUUUCGGUUGAUUAAGAGAGCUAGUCUAACCGAACUAAGUCAUGAUUUCGCAAAAAGAAAAAGAACUAAGUCAUGGGGCCUUACAAAGUACAUAACGCUGAAGUUUAAAUUUUUUGGUUAGUCCGUAUUCUACAAAAUAAUCUUUCCAUGUUUGCAGGUA